AUGCCCGAGUACCGCCCUUCCGUGGAUGAGUACAGGCAAACCCUCAAGCUGCGUGAGGAGCACAUCCGCGAGUCUUGGGUCAAGGCGAUGGAGGCGCGUAUCGUCCGCCGCGAGCUCCAGGACUGUUACAAUACCGAGGGCGUCAACAACAUCGAGGUCUGCUACGACCUCGCCCAGAAGUACCUCGCGAUGAUCCGCGACAAUAAGGUCAAGGGCUACAAGGUCAUCGACCAGGAGUAA